UUAUUUUUUGGUUGCAGACUCUUCGAGUCUAUUCUUUUUUUUUUUUUUUUUAUCUCUCUUUUUUUCCCUUGCUUGCUGAAACAAUUUUCUCUGCAGGAACUACUUACUACCUAUAGCAAGCAUACCACCAUACAUACACCACACCGCUUUAAUGCGCCGUGCUUUGCUUUGCGUAUACCUACCUACCGUACGGUUGUGGAUGGUACUGCGUAGGUAAAUUUUUUUUUUUUUUCCUUUUUUUUUCGGUCUUUGAGCUUGUUUACGAAGGAUUCCUUGCUACUCCUAAAAUCUUGUUAUCGCGGUGGGUUCAAAAUCUACGCAAACCUGUCUUUACUGAAACCGGUGGUUUGUAUGAAACUAUUUUUUAUAUCAUAAGAAUGUGUUAUUUGUUUUUUUCGUAUUCUAGCGCAUUAUGUUUUUUUUCAAGCGACAAGCUGUUUCUCACUUUAUUUUUCGGCUCUUUCUUUCGGCCGCUCAAAUUCAGUCUGUACCACAACAAGAUCUUGCAUUGGUCUUUAUUCUUUCCUUCUAAUUCGAUUCUUCUAUUUUGAAGGAUUCACUCGAAAAUCGUUGCCUUUACAUUCUUCAUUUAGAACUUUUUUUAUUAGCCUUCUUUUUCUUAUUCUCCCUGGUUUUCCCUCUUUCCCUCAUCUUUAGAUUUCAUUUCUUUCUCAUUCAUUUCGGCAUUCAUUUUGGUACAUCUUAUUUCUUUUUUUUUCCUUCUUAUUAAUUUUCAAUAUUUUUGUUGCAUCAUUUGGUUUCACUUUCUCUCUUCAUUACCUUUGAUCACUUCUCUUUGUUUGGACAUUUAUUCUUGGACCUCUUUUUCCUCUUUUCUUUUCUAUUCCAAAUAUCAAUUCCUUGACUUUUGCUUUUCUUCACGCGUUAUUCACCUUAUUCCCUGAUCCUUCCUUUGGUUCAUUUUCCUUUCAUUGUAGAUAUCCGCCCCUUUUUUCAUCCUGCUUACUUCUUGUACAUCAUUUCUACUAAUUUUAUUUAUAUUUAAUUCGCCCGCUUCAUUUCCUUAUUUGCAUCGAAAGUUUUAAUUCUUUUCUUUGUGUUUGGUUUUCGGUUCUGACUUUUUUCCUAAUACUUUUGGCUAUUUAAAUAGACAGAUUGUGUUUUUCCUUUGCCUUGUGAUCCUUGUUUUUCUUUUCUUUGGUCGUACUUUUUUUUUUUUCAUUGUUGUUGUUUCUUUCGUUUCUUUUGGAGUUAAUGAUUUGUCUAAUUCAUGGAUCUCAACACCAUUUCUUAUCUUCCUGUUCCUCCCGCUAAGUUUCCUUCCAACUCUUCAAAUACCCCUCUUCCUACCCAACAUGUUCCUCCUACCUUCUCUGCACCAUCCCAAUCUUCCUACUUUCACCAUCCAUCCACUGUCCCUCCUUCCAUAGGUUCUAAUGAUUACACAUACCCUUAUCUGUUUGAUCCUUUCCCUACCCACUCCUCUUCUUCUCCUUCCGUCUCACGCCCAACUGACGUUCCCGCAACGAACGACAAAUCGAAAGAAUUUCCGCCUUUCUUACAUCCUAGUGCUGUCCGCGUUUCUUCGGCAGUGUCAGACGAGAAGAGGAGGAAGAAGGUUUCUCGGGCUUGUGACCUUUGUCGAAAAAAGAAGAUUCGUUGUGAUUCAGUGGAAGGCUCCACAGGUGCUUGCAUCAAUUGUUCAAAGCACAGUUUGCAGUGCAUAUUUACAAGAACACAGCUAAAACGUGGUCCUGCAAAAGGUUUUGUUCGUAACGUUGAUGAGAAAAAUAAACGGGUUCGUUCCAAUAGUACAUCGGUGGUCGCUUCACCUCCCGAAACGAAUCCCACCACAUCUCCUGCGUCUACUCUUGCUGAUUCCAUGCCUUUUGAUGUAAAAUCUAAUUCCUCCUCCCCUGAUAAUUCCGCCAUUCUUAGCAAAAUGCCUCCUAGAGAUAUUACAAUGCCUGUGGCGUCCCCCGACCCAAAAGAAACCAGUAUACCAAACCAUUCCAAACCUACCUCUACGUGGUACCCUCAACUUUAUAACCACCCUCCUCAACACUUUCAGCCGGCUCCUUCAAGAGUACCUCCUUUCCAACAACAAUCGUAUCCUUACCUAUCCACCCCUUCUAACCAAUCUUUUGGCAGUCUCCAGCAUUCUAAAUCUUUUCCUUCCUCAAGUGUACGCCCUCCCGUCUAUUCUACUCCAAGUGUACAAUCAUUUGCACGUCCAAAUUUACCACUUCAAUCAACGCAGAAUGCCCCUUAUGUGUUAGAUUCUAAUGGAGUUACAAGCAAAUCCCAUCCAUCUUUUGCUGAAUCACCUUAUAACUCAAUGCCUUCCUCAUCUGCUCCAUACCCUCCUGCCCUUACAAAUGUUUUAUCAUCCGAUCCUAGUUCCUUACCCUUGCCGUCCAUCUCUUCAUUUGACAAUUCCCGUCCCAACACCAUUUCUCAUCACGCCGGAUUCCCAAACAUAUCCUAUCAGCCUCCUGUUCCAAUGCAGCCUGUCCCUGUGAGUACACCAGGGAAUCUCCCAAGUUUUGAUCUUCCUUUUCAUAAAACCCAAUCCCUGCAAAACCCGACUUUAUCACUUCUGCGAGAACCCCGAUCUUCUACUUCGAACGCUGCUUCCGAUGCAGAGCAGUCAAGAACUGCCGAAAAUGCUCAGUAUGAUGAUAUGCACGAAAUAUCAAAGGUUUUUCGCGAAGACAUUGAAUGGGACGACGAAGCUGUUGAUAGAUACUAUUUGCUUAUACAUUCUACCUUGCCAAUUUUGCAUCACUCAAAAACGCGCUUAAAGAUGGAACUGGAGAAAGCUCCAAAAUUUUUGAGGUCUUGUUGUUUACAUGCAAUUUACUCUCUAGUAAACCGGCCGCCCUUUUCUUCUCUCGGAAGUAUCUUUCAUAAAAAUCCUAUGAAGGCAAUUGGUUUACUGAAUUUGAUCUGUACAAACGUACAGGACUUUUCUAAUAGAAUAUUGCACUUACAGACAAUGAUUUUACUCGCGGUUGAGAGUGACCAGCGUGGUCCUACUACAAUUACUGGUCGAAAUGGACUUCCUCAAAGUAUGUGGCACGGCGCUGCCGUGGGUUUAGCUUGCAAUAUGCGCCUUCAUAUACAGUCUCAUGUACCCUUGCAAUCUGCUUAUGAAGAUAUGGAUGGCAACGCAGCAUUGUGUCGUAGAGCCUGGUGGGUCUUGGUAAUUUUAGAUAGGUGGCACUCCGUGUCUACGUGUUCUCCCUUGUUCAUACCAGAGAGCUGUAUAAAGCUGUCUCUCCAAGAUCAAAAGGUUCUAGGAAGCUUCCCGAGUCAACUUGUUCGUUUGUCUUUAAUAGUUGGUCACAUUUCCGAUGUUAUUCAAUCUCCGGAUCCAAGUGAUCGUGAAAAUCCAAUCGUGACUCAACAGUUAAGGUCAGAAAUUGACGCAUUCCGUGAAAGCGUUGACGUUGUUUGGGGUAGAAUGAAUUUAUUAACGUUGGCCGUUACUCAUGUAAAAGUGCUUUUGGAGUUAUCUACGAAUGCUCGUCCUUCUGCUGUUUUAACUCCGGCUAUGAAGAUGGCUAAUAUCCUUUCUUCUUCCUCUACACCGCUGACACCUCUUAAUCACCACUUUUUUAGUUUAGCUGCAUGUGUUUUAAUUGGUGUCUAUGAUAUUCCGGAAUUACAGGAAGAAGCUAGACAGGGGCUGGAAUACAUUCGAGAAUGUAUAGAAAAACGUCGAGACAUCGUCAGUAGAAAGGAUCAUGAGGAUUGGGACUACGUUGUGUUGAAGUUAAUAAAUGCUAAAAUGCAAGGUCUUCAUAUAGCUUCGGAUCCUCCCGCUCCGCCUUACGUCCCAGCUCCUUCACUUCCUUCAUAUAAUGCCCAAGAAAUGGAUUCAGUGACAUUCAAAGAUGCCUAUUUGUAUGCAAGGUUGUGUAAUUUGGGUUAUCUUGGAUUCCUGAUUUGAGUUAUGAUAAAUCUUCUUUACGGUAAAAGAAUAUUCGUACCCAGCGAAUCAAUAAUAUUUGGUUUUGGUUACAGCAAUGGUGUAAACGGAUGUUUAUCUGAUGUGUUGUGAUGAAGUAAAAAUAGGGAUAUGAAUAAAGAUAGUAAAUCUCGCAUUUUUAUUGUUUCAA